GGGCGCGUCUCCGUGCGCGUGUGUCUGUUUGGAGCGGAGGAGAGGCUCGGGUGACAGGCGAGGGGUGGGGGGAAGAGUUCAGCCGGAGUCGCAGUCUCAUUCACUGAUUUCUCUCCAGCUGGACCGAGGCUGCCUCCCUACGCGGCUUCCAACUAUUCCCGUAGCUCAGUACCCCCUCCAGCCGCUCCACUCAGCCAGGCAGACAGACGGACAGACUCGCUAGUUGGCAGCUUCACUCCCUAGGGUGCCGGGAGCCCAGGCGGCGAGGACCCGGCACCCCUAGCUCAGGGAGGUGGGAUGCGGCGUGGACAGCAGCGCUAAGUGCUCCCCACUCUCUGCGCGAGGCGCACUCCCUCCUGGCCUCAGGCCGAGCAGCGGCAGCGGCCGGCGGCGGCGGCGGUGGCGGCGGAGGGGAUGAUCCCGGGACGCACAAGGCGCCUGCUUCAAGCUACUGCCCGGAGGGGGACGCCGAGCAGGGCUCAUCACAGGACCCCGCGGACCCCUGUCCCUGGUGGCACGCGGCUGCGGAGCCUUGGAGCCGCGUCUGUGGUCAGGAUGCACUGGGCACCUCCCUGCUGGUGAGGAUGCCCUGCUGCGCGGCCCUGCACCCCCAGCCCCAGUCCCAGGUAGGCAAGACUGAGUGGGCCCGGCUUCGGCCCCUCGUGCCAGUGGAUGAAACGUUUUGGAGUGCUUGGGUGUCGUCAGCUAUCGAAUCUGAAUGGUAAGCGCCAUGGACGAAGGCAGUGGACUGCAGCCCGGGGCGGGAGAGCAGCUGGAGCCACCGGCCACCGCAGGAGCUGUUCAAGAGAGGUGCGAGCCGGAGACCCUCAGGUCUAAGAGUUUACCUGUCCUCAGCAGCGCCUCCUGCCGGCCGAGCCUCAGUCCCGCGAGUGUAGACGCCAAGCCGGCCUUCGGCUGUACAGAUUCUUCGGGCCCCCAGGAGUUGAAACAAGGCCCGAACCCGUUGGCCCCCAGUCCCUCUGCCCCGUCCACUUCGGCGGGGAUGGCAGGGCUUGGGGACUGCAACCACAGAGUGGACGUCAGCAAAACCUUCUCAGUGUCCUCCGCCCUGGCCACACUCCAGGAGAGAAGGUGCCUCUACGUGGUCCUCACGGAUUCCCGUUGCUUCCUGGUGUGCAUGUGCUUUCUGACCUUCAUCCAGGCGUUAAUGGUCUCUGGGUACCUGAGCAGCGUCAUUACCACCAUUGAAAGGCGCUACAGUCUGAAGAGUUCCGAGUCAGGGCUGCUGGUCAGCUGCUUUGACAUUGGGAACCUGGUGGUGGUGGUGUUCGUCAGCUACUUUGGCGGCCGGGGUCGGCGGCCCCUGUGGCUGGCCGUGGGUGGACUCCUCAUCGCCUUCGGGGCGGCCCUCUUCGCCUUACCUCAUUUCAUCUCACCCCCCUACCAGAUCCAAGAGCUGAAUGCCUCGGCCCCCAACGACGGCCUGUGUCAGGGAGGCAACUCCACCGCCACUUUGGAGCCUCCCGCCUGUCCGAAGGACUCGGGAGGAAAUAAUCACUGGGUCUACGUGGCUUUAUUCAUUUGUGCGCAGAUUCUCAUUGGAAUGGGUUCCACACCCAUUUAUACCCUGGGACCAACCUACUUAGAUGACAAUGUCAAGAAAGAAAACUCCUCCUUGUACCUAGCCAUCAUGUAUGUCAUGGGAGCACUUGGCCCUGCGGUGGGAUAUUUAUUAGGUGGACUUCUUAUUGGUUUUUAUGUUGAUCCCAGAAAUCCUGUUCACCUUGACCAGAACGACCCUCGUUUCAUCGGAAACUGGUGGAGUGGAUUCCUCCUUUGUGCCAUUGCAAUGUUUCUUGUGAUAUUCCCAAUGUUUACUUUUCCAAAAAAGCUUCCACCUCGACACAAGAAAAAGAAAAAGAAAAAAUUUUCUGCUGAUGCUGUUACUGAUGAUGAUGUUCUGAAGGAGAAAUCAAACAACAGUGAACAAGUGGACAAAAAAGUUUCUUCUAUGGGAUUUGGAAAGGAUGUCAGAGACCUACCAAGAGCAGCUGUCAGGAUCUUAAGCAACAUGACAUUCCUUUUUGUGAGUUUGUCAUACACAGCUGAGAGUGCCAUUGUAACUGCUUUCAUUACCUUCAUUCCCAAGUUCAUCGAGUCACAGUUUGGUAUCCCAGCCUCCAAUGCCAGCAUCUACACUGGGGUUAUUAUCGUCCCCAGUGCUGGUGUUGGUAUUGUUCUCGGAGGCUACAUUAUUAAAAAAUUGAAACUUGGUGCCAGAGAAUCUGCAAAACUAGCAAUGAUCUGCAGUGGUGUGUCUUUACUGUGUUUUUCAACCCUAUUUAUUGUUGGAUGUGAAAGCAUUAAUCUAGGGGGCAUCAACAUCCCUUAUACAACAGGACCUUCUCUCACCAUGCCCCAUAGGAAUCUGACAGGAAGCUGCAACGUUAAUUGUGGUUGUAAAAUACACGAGUAUGAGCCAGUCUGCGGAUCAGAUGGAAUUACAUACUUUAACCCGUGUCUGGCUGGCUGUGUUAAUAGUGGUAAUCUUAGCAUUGGGAUACGGAAUUAUACAGAAUGCACCUGUGUCCAAAGUCGGCAAGUGAUCACUCCGCCCACUGUGGGACAGCGCAGUCAGCUCCGUGUGGUUAUUGUCAAGACGUAUCUCAAUGAGAACGGUUAUGCUGUGUCUGGGAAGUGUAAACGGACCUGCAAUACGCUUAUCCCGUUCUUAGUUUUCCUUUUCAUAGUCACCUUCAUCACAGCAUGUGCGCAACCAUCAGCCAUCAUAGUAACACUCAGGUCUGUAGAAGACGAGGAGAGACCUUUUGCGCUGGGAAUGCAGUUUGUUUUGCUGCGAACACUUGCGUACAUUCCGACUCCCAUCUACUUCGGAGCCGUCAUUGACACCACCUGCAUGCUGUGGCAGCAGGAGUGCGGCGUGCAGGGCUCCUGCUGGGAGUACAACGUGACGUCGUUUCGUUUUGUCUAUUUCGGUUUGGCGGCCGGCCUCAAGUUCGUGGGCUUUAUUUUUAUUUUUCUGGCCUGGUACUCCAUAAAAUACAAGGAGGAUGGCCUGCAGAGGCGGAGGUGGAGAGAAUUCCCCCUGAGCACUGUCAGUGAGAGAGUGGGCCACCCCGACAGCGCCCGGACGAGAUCUUGCCCAGCUUUCGGCACCCAGGGAGAAUUCCACGAAGAGACUGGUCUGCAGAAGGGGAUCCAGAGCGCGGCGCGGACCUACCCGGGGCCCUUCCCGGAAGCAAUAAGCUCCUCCGCAGACCCGGGGCUGCAAGACAGCCCCGCGGCCCUGGAGCCGCCCUCCUGAAGCCUGAGGAUGGAAGUGAUUCGUUUUGUUGGUUGAGUUGGAAAUGGCGACUUGAGAAACAACCGUGCCUUCUUUUCUUUCUUUCUUUUUGUAACCUCUACAGACACAAGCCUCAAACCAACAAAGCUCAGUAUACACAGCCGCUAUUCAUGGAGGGCUGGAUACCUCAACGAGACUGAGAGCCUUUCCCCGCUUCUCUCCAAGGAGACGUUCAGCUACCUUUGUUCCCAUUUCCGUGGUGUCAGUUUCAAGCCCGAGCUCCCCUACUGUAUAGGCUGAGGUACACGGUUAGCAAAAUCAUGGGUAGGGGAAUGGCGGUGCAUAUCAUUACCUAACACUCCAAUCAAAGGGGAGCGUGCCUAGGACUCUGCGUUUCCAAAUCAAAGUUUUUAGAGAUGAACACCUACUGUGAGUUCUGCUGCAAAGCACAAAUGAAUUUGUCUCAACUAUGCAAUUUGAUGGGGAAAAUGUAUGUGCAGCAUGUUGCGUUUACUUUCACAGAAUAAAGCAGAUCUGUCUUUGAAAAGAGGAA